UCAAAUUCCUUACAGCUGUUUAUCAAAGGAUCCAUAGCAUACCCCGCUCUCUCCCUCGUCUGUUUGCUUCACUCCCUCACGAAAAACGCCUUCUCUCUUCUCGGGUCGUCUCUUCCUGUUUCCAUUCGUGGAGAUCGAAGUCGCAAGGAUUGAAGAGACCACGGUUCUUUGAGAGCUCUGUCUUCUGUAGUAGCUUAUUGGUUCGAAAGAGUUCUCAUUGAAGAGAGCAACUCUGGCUGAGGAUUUAAUAGAAAAUUCAGUCUCACAGCAUUACAUACAAGCAUGGUUUGGCUCAUCUUACUCAUAAUAUACACUUUCCUCCUCUUGUCGAAACUUGAAAGCACAGACAAAUUGGAUGGCAUAAUAGACAUAUAGUAAGCAGCAAAUCUGUGAAUCCCAUACCAACCAACAUCAUCAGAAGCCCUAGAUUGCUUCAGAGGAGGAUCCGAGUAGAUUCAUCUCAAACCCAACAAAAAAAAUGGGAGAUUUGUCGAGAAAGACCGAUGUGAAGAGUGUAAUUGCUUACAGUGACGACCUCGUUGGGUUCCUCAGUGAUGAGAAGGAUGUUAACAACUUGACCCAACAUUUGGAACAAUCAAAGGUUCUUCAAUCUCAAUGCGACGCUGAUUACAACGAUGUUCUUAGCUUGCUUCAAGAUUAUCAGAAAAGGAUAGAUGUGAGCAAGAAAAAAUCAGAUGAGGCAAGAUCCGAAGCUGCUUCAGAUGCAGAAAUGGAUUUGCUUCAACAAGAGUUGGAAGAGGAAUUUCAGAGAGAACGUUUGCUCCAGGAGGAACUUAGUGUUAUUACCAAUGAAAUUAAUGAUCUAGAAAAUCAAAGGGCUUCUGUUGAAGAAAGAAGGGAGAUUCUGAGAAAGCUUGAGCAAGAUGAGAUGAGGGCACAGAUGAAGCUUUCAAUGUAUGCUUCUGUCACAAAUAUAAUUCCAAACCUGCAUGAAAAUUCCAAAAUAUCAGGGCAUAUCGUGAAAAGAGACAGAAAGGCGGUUGAGAAGUUUGAAUUUGACCCUUCAGAAGCGACUGCCUUUGAUACAUGCAACAACAUUUGGAACAUGAUAAGCUUGUGAUAAAAUUCGAACGUUUUUCCAUUUCCAAGGCAAUAUGUAAUCCAGUUUAUGAGUAUAUUUAUAUCGGUUGACUUAUAGUUAUGUUGAAACUCAACUUUUUUAGCAUUUUGUAUCUUUAAUCUUGUCAAUUUGUAAUUUUUGUUGACUUAACUCCAAGUCUGUUAGUGUUGACGCGAGUUAUUUGGCUGUUUGCUCCAUUUAA